AUGGAUGCGCGCCAUUCGAUUCACAAUGUCUUCAGUACCGAUCGCUUAUGGCAGCAGCCCUCCUUUUUUGACCAUGUCGAUUCGCACGAGUCGUCACUCUUUGCUCCGUUGGAGCUAGACAUCUCCUCAAUCAGACUCGACCAUCCGUAUGCACCGAAACAUGACCUCGAACGCGAACUUCGACUGCCCGAUCUCGACACGUUCGAGUUCGGACCUCUGCCAGAGCUCGAUAGUUUUGACGACUCCAGCAUUUCCAUCGAUACACCACCGUUAGAGCCCGAGGAAGACGUCUGGAAAAUCGCACUUGACCUGGGGCCUGCGAACAAAGAUGUUUUGUUCUACACGUGGGAGUCUUUUGAGAAGAAAAGCCAUGUCCAAAGCCGAACACCAUACAUGACCGAGCAGGGGCCUGAGGCUUUUGAUGCAACGUUAAUACGCGACGAGGGCAAAACCAGUGCUGGACGCGUACUCAAGGGGGAUGUACUCUUACAGUCACUCUGGAAUCUUGGUCUGGGCCGGUCAUCCAUUCUGUUCCAGUUCAACACAAAGCUGAAGACAUUCCAACCCGCCAUACUGCAUGGACGAGCCUCGGGACUGAGUCUGCAAGCAGCUCAGAGCUUGAUCACCCACUUUACACAUACCGGCAACACGUUCCUCUAUCUGCGGUCUUUCGCAGAACGGACCUUUGCCUCAGCCACGUCUAUUCCUGCAAAGGUUGCUCUUGCCACUUCAGUCUCGAGCAUCCUAGCAAGUCUAGAAGACACCCUAGGAAAGCAGUUUACCAAGAUCCGCUCACUCAUGCAGCUUCAGCACCAGUUUGCUAGACCUCGCAACGUUCUCAUACACGUCGCUCGCAUGGUAGACGCGGUCAAACAUGCCAAAACCAACGAGCAACUGUCAUCCAUACUACACCACCGUCUACUUGAGCUAGAAGAAGGAGACGAACAGCUUCGUCAGCUAUCGUGUCAGGUGCUUAGCCAGGUAGCUAGACCAAGCUUGGAACUUCUCAGUGAAUGGAUGGGCAUAAGGAAAGAGCAAGCGUCUGUACCUAUCUGGCAGCGCGGCAGCUUUGUAACUGUUGAAGACACGUCUGUUGAUGCUCUUACACUUGACUACACUUAUAGAUCUGAGAUGAUGCCAAGAUUCAUUGCUCCAGAAGACGGCAACACAAUAUUCGAGACAGGCCAUAGUCUUCGCUUCUUGAAGUCACAACAUCCAGAUCAUCCGCUGGCUCGCCUGGAUGGGCUGGCAGUUCAGCCUCCAGACAUGGAGUGGGGCUUUCAAUGGCAAGACAUUGAGAUACUGGCAUCAAAAGCAAAAGCAUACGAAGAGAGGCUCAGACAAGCACUUCUCGCUUUUGGUACAGGUUCGACUGAUAUGGCACCCUCUCUCUUGACACCAUCUACACUAGAAUCUGCGACAGAAGCUCCAAACAGAUCCCAGUCCCUGGAUCAAUACUUCGAGGAAUCUAUUCAACGUAUGGAUGAAGCCCCCAAGUGGUCCUCUCAAGCGCUACCAGACGAACUGCAACUUCUCAUGGAGAGGACACUUCAAAAUACAAACGAAGAUGGCGGUGCUGCCACCAAUACCUUCUCGCCGCCCGUGUCUCUGGCGUCUACUCUGUCAUUUCGUCCACUCAUCACAGCGCAAGCAAAACUCGUCAACGCAGCCACUAUCCGGUUGUUCUUCCGUUCGCAUCAGCUGCGGCUUCACUUGUCUCUUCAACGACAGUAUCACCUUCUUGGCGACGGUGUAUUCUCGUCUCUACUGGCAACUGCCCUGUUCGACCCUGACCGCGAGAGUGCCGAACGCCACAAAGGCAGGAUGCGUAGCGGAGUACACAUGGGAUUGCAACUAGGUUCACGAACGUCGUGGCCACCAGCGAGCUCAGAGCUCCGAUUAGCAUUACGAGGCGUCCUCAGUGAAAGUUACUAUUCUUCCACGCUCUAUCAGUCAACGCUAGGCGCUGAAGCGAUUGUCGCACCUACGGCACUUCUCAACAACAGGGACAACGAUGAGCUUCCUGGGCAGCUCAACUUUGCCAUUCGCAACCUCACUGAAGCCGAACAAGAGAAAGUCAUGGACCCUGACGCGUUACACGCGCUUGACUUCUUACGCUUGCAAUACGUAGCACCGGCUCCUCUGAACUUGGUGAUUACAAGUACUUCUCUAGAAAAGUACGACUACAUCUUCAAGUUCUUGUUGCGACUUCUGCGCAUGCUCUUUGUCGUCUCACAUUUGCCACGCAGGUAUGCAGACAGCAACGCUCGUCAAUUCAGGACCGAGGCGUAUCACUUCGUCAUAACGCUCACAAACUACGUCUUCCAGACAGGUAUCACAGAGCCGUGGGACGAUUUUGACAAUUUUGUUCGAACAGUGGAGACCCGAUUACACGAGGAAGACCUCGCGGGGGAACUAGGGAUUCGUGUCACGGAAGGCGUCGCUUCUCUGCGCGACACCCAUGACAAAUGCCUAGACAGUAUACUAUUUGCGCUGUUGCUCCGCAGACGACAGCGCAAGAUCAUGGCUCUCGUGGAAGAGAUUUUUGACCACAUACUCCUCUUCGCCAAAAUGCAGAAUUCAAAUACGCAACAGGGUGGGGAAGGCGUCGAAGCGCUUUACGCGAAGCUCAGGGGAAAGAUAAGAGUGUUUUUGAGUGUGUGCCGGGGCUUAACAGGCAAGCAAGGUUACGGCAAAGGAAGAGGCACCGCUGAGGAGAACUCCAUGGAGCGAUAUAAUCACAUUGGUGCUUUACUUGUUUCCGAAGCUUGUUCCGAAAUGGCCAACCAACGUACACACGUUCUAGACAAUCUCCGCACAUGCCUCACAGCGCUGGUUAUCCUCCACCAUGCUUCGACGCCCUAUGGCGGCGCAGGUCCAUGGCCAUAUACCUCGCCUAUAUAUAUGCCGAACAGCUCUCCCACUCUCCUCGUUUUCAACGUCAUCAACCAGACUUUCUUCAUGGCCACUUUCUUUCUCAUCUCAGCGUACUUCUCAUCAGUCGCAGCGAGAAAGAAGACUAGGCAUCAAUUUCUUAAGGAAAAGUGGAAGAGGCUAGGUGUUCCAACGUUGGUGUUUAGUCUGAUCGUGAAGGGGGUUGCCAGAGGGAUUCUAGCGUGGAGGUUGAAAGAUGAGGACUGGGACAACAUUGGUAGAGAGGUCUUAAAGGGCUUGAAGAUUGUUCGGGGUGUUUCGGGGCCGGUGUGGUACUAUAAGUCGCCAAGUCAGAAAGCGAUCUUUAAAACACCGUCCGACGUUGUCAACAUCAACGCAGCCUCACCUACGGCAAACACUGCCAACUCAACCAAGGAACCACACACCUUUCUCACAGACGAAGAACACAAAGCUCCUGCUGUGCCACCGAGUCAGCACUACGCUGCUAGCCAGGGCGCCAAACCUCUCACAGAAGGCGAGUACCAAUCUGUAUGCGCCAUUAACGAGAUAGUGCCAAGUCUUGUGCCUCAAGCGACAGGUUGGGGAGAGUAUCGCGAUGGCGAUACCCAGAUUUAUUUCUUUCUCGGAGACUGCCAUGAUAUGGAUCUAUCGGCGGCGCCAGAACCUGUAAGCUUCGUUGAGAGAAUCGCCGAACUGCAUGCCAAGGGGAAAUCACCGACUGGUAUGUUCGGAUAUCCUGUCUCAACAGUGCUGGGCAAGUUCGAACGUACAACAACAUGGGAAAAGAGCUGGGCGGUGUGCUUCGCAAAUCAGCUCAAAGACGUUAUCAAAUAUGAUAACGAGGUAAAUGGUCUAUGGCCAGAGUACGACCUUGCAUGCGCACAACUCAUCGCCAAAGUUAUUCCAAAACUCCUGGGUGCCCUACAAUCGGAUGGCAGAAGCAUCGAGUCGGUACUGAGUCACGGCGAUCUGUGGGAACAGAAUGUCGGGAUUGAUAUGGAGACUGGCGAUACGAUUUUAUUCGAUCCAGGGUCCACAUAUGCCCAUAACGAGAUGGCGUUCGGCACCUGGAGGGCUUCUUGGGCUUACCAUCUCAACUCCCCAGUAUACAUGCGACUGUAUCAGCGGCAUAUCGAACCUUCCGAACCUGUAGAGGAGUGGGAUGACCGGAACCGACUUUACAGCCUGCACCCAUACUUGAAUGACUCCGCGGGUCACCCAGGCAGUAUUUCAAGAGCUACAGCCUAUAACGAUAUGCUAUAUCUGUGUGAGAAGUACGCACCGUUGGAAAGCUUAGAGGGGUACCGUCCUGAGAACGAUGUCAGUGUCACCGGGGCUUAUGUGCAGCAUGAGACCCACAUGAUGAAAGAUGCCCAUUUCAACCAGACAACAAUGUCGAGUGCUUCUCAGUCUAUUCACACCUGA